AUAUUUGUCCAUGAAGGCCGCUUAAAAAUCGCUCGUAAUAUUCCAUCGUGAUCCGUCAGGAUUUUGCAAAAGAAGAGUUUGACCACAACACAGAUUAGAUUAGGCUUGCAAAAAAAAGCCAGCUAUGAUUUAAAAUUGAUAUGCGCGAACAGGAAUAUAUGUAGGUGGCAUUGGUCAAUGACUCAUUUGGCUAUCGUUAGCGAGUAUUCAGUGAUCAAAAUCCAUCAUGGGCCAGACAGAUAGCAGGACUUUUGAAGGACGAGUUGUACAAAUAUUGUCUGGGCAUAGUCGCUCGGUGCUGCAUUGUGAGUUCACGCCCGAUGGCACAGUUCUGGCAACAUGUGGUGCCGAUAAAACUGUUCUUCUGUGGAACGUUGCCUCAGGAGAACUGAUUCGAUCUCUACAGGGCCAUGCAGCUGAGGUAACGAGCUGUUGUUUUUAUGAAAAUAUCUUGGCGACUUCCUCCAAAGACAAGACCGUUGUGUUAUGGUUGUACGAGAGCGGACGGCGAGCCUCACGACUAGCAAUUCAUUCUGGUCCAGUUUUGUCCUGUUCCAUCUCAUCGAGCGGUCAGUUCUUGGCAUCGUGUUCAGAAGACAAAAGUAUUGGUUUGUUUAAGUUUCAGCCCGGAUCAGGCGCGUUUAUUAAUGGUUCAGAUAUGAAAAAAUUGAGCGGACAUCUCUCGAUCGUCAACGAUAUUAAAUUUUCGCCAAACGGCAGCUUUUUGGCAAGCGCGUCUCAGGACAAGACCAUCCGAAUCUGGGAAACUGGGACUGGCACAUGCGCGAUAGUCUUGGACGAUCCUUUUGGUCCGGUGCUAAAGUUGCGUUAUUCGCCCUCUGGGGAUCACAUGAUCAGCUUGUCGAGCCCAGGGAAUUUCGUGAGCGUGUGGAACACGGAGUCCAAUAUGGUAGACAACGUAUUGGAAGCGAAUAACGGACGAGAGAUACAGAACAUAGCCAUAACUUCGGACGGGCGGUCCACCAUUGGCCUAUCAAAAGACAACAAAAUAACUUUAUGGACAAAAAUGACACGAAAAUGUACACCAGAGUUAAGAACAACGCAACACAAAAAAGGUGUAAAUGCGAUGGCCAUAACCCAUUCUGACUGCUGCGUGGCGACAGCUGAUGGUGAAGGAUUAGUUUUGAUAUGGAAUUAGAAGAACGCUGAAAAAUUGAGAUGAAACAUCGGUAUGCUUGGGUUGAAUAUUCCGUGGAGCCGUUUUGCCGGGAUGGGAAACAAUCGACACUGUGUACUGAGCUAUAUAUAUCAGAUGAACCACUCAGGGUUUAAUCGUUAGUAUGAUUGCAAUAAAAUAUGAGUGUAAAUUGUUACAAUUCUGGUCUGUUACAAUAGAAUUAUAAAUCACCAUUAAUUACAGUCUUAGUCUAAAGAUUCCAUGUUUCACAAGAAUCAGGUUGAAGAAGUCUUCAAAUACAUAUAUAAUGUUCAUGCAAGAAGCUUAACAAUCUUCUUCUGAUUUUAAAAUCAAUCAAAAUGAUCACUAAAUAUUUGGAUAUAUCAAGUGAUAAUCUCAAUCACUGUAAAUUAUACAGUGAUGCUGCAAGUUUGAAAAUUCGCAGUAGGAGACUAGCAGUUAUUUAGAGAAAUGCAAUAAGUCAAAGACGUUUUAAGCGACAUGUAGGUUCGAAUGAAAGCGAACGUAACUAUAUACAAUACAUCGGUUUGUUGAGCAAAAACGCCCAAGCGGCUUUUAAGAUUCUUGCUAGGAAUUCUACUGAAAUUAAACGGAAAUUAAACGGAACCGAAAAUUCAAACUCUAUUUAGCUAAAAAUUGCAUUUCAUAUCCCAGAACCGCGCCGGCAUUUUUAUUGAUACACCCUGUUCAGGGUGUGCAUAAAAACCCACGCUGUUUUUAAACUAUAAAAGAUUUUAGAUUUAGAACCACGAGGAAUUUCAAACGUCAUUGGAAUGAAAUUGUUAAGUGUCGUAUAUGUCUUAUCUUGGCGAAGAUUGUUUGUUAUUGUUAAUGCUUUCAUGAUCGGAACAAAUGUUCUUGACAACGACGAAAAUAUGCCGAGAAUGCAAAAGGAAUUUUGGGCGGAAAAUAUUUUCCUGCCCUUCGGCAAAAAAAUCUUUGUCAUUGAGGCUAGGUUGAUGUAACGAAAAAUAUAACAGGUGUAAGAAAUAAUGUACCUCGAAAUGUUUGCGGUAUUAUGCAGUGGUCAAAUAAAAUAUGACUGAAUUUUCCUGGUGCAACUAAAUACAUUUCCGCCAAUUAUUGAAAGCCGUAUCCAUGCAGUGCUAUGUGAAUGCUGGAUUAGUGAAACAAUUUCAAUGGCGCGAUUAAUACUAUACUGGGCAUAUACUGUAUAUUUAUAUGAUUAAUACUGAUGGACUAUAUUAUAUCGAGGGUCAAAGAAAUUGUCAACAAAAAAUCGAUGUCGUGCACUUCUGAAUUACCAGUAAAAUCAUGAUCACAUCUUGUA